UGCGCUGCUUUCAUUUGACUGCAUUUUCUCACGUUUGGUUGGUUUAGGUUAUAAUCGAGAGCACCGGACUCUCACUUGGCCUUCCUCAUUUCCUCUGUGCAGUCGUGCAUUUUAUUAUUUUCGCUAAUUUGGCCACGGAAGGCAACCAGCCAACUUCCUUCCAACGAUGCCUCCAAGAUCCCAAAAAGAGCACAUGCCACAGCCGUUCGUGAUCAAGCCGAAGCCAUAGAUGCCGAAGCCGUAUGCGCGAAGUGUCUGCCUUCUCAAAAAACGCGGGAAAGGUGCAACACGUCCAGGCGCAGCUAUCGAAACUACCACAAUAACAUGAGCGGUGACAAGAUUGCCGCAGAGACCAACGAUGUCGAAGUCAAGGAGGAGACCCAUGAUGAAUACCAGUAUCUCAACCUCUUGAGGGAUAUCUUGAAAAAUGGAAAGCGCAAAAACGACAGGACCGGAACAGGGACACUGUCGGUGUUUGGCCGACAAUGCAGAUAUUCUCUCGCAAAUGGCACAAUGCCGCUUCUCACCACCAAACGAGUAUUCUGGCGUGGAGUGGUUGAGGAGUUGCUUUGGUUUCUAAGAGGGUCUACUGAUGCCAACGAGCUUGCAAAAAAUGGUGUGCAUAUUUGGGACGGCAAUGGGUCCAGGCAGUUUCUGGACAGCCUUGGCUUCACUGAGCGAGAGGAAGGCGACCUUGGUCCAGUAUAUGGAUUUCAGUGGAGGCAUUUUGGUGCUCCAUACAGAGACAUGAGAACUGACUAUGGAACAGAAGGUGUAGACCAGAUUACAAAUCUCAUCAACACCAUCAAGAACAAUCCGGAUGAUCGCAGAAUGAUUCUUUGUUCUUGGAACCCAGCAGAUCUGAGCAAGAUGGCACUGCCUCCGUGCCAUUGCCUAGCACAGUUCUACGUCAAUGAGGACGAGCUGUCUUGUCAACUCUAUCAGCGCUCAGCUGAUGUGGGCUUGGGCGUGCCAUUCAACAUUGCCAGUUAUGCUCUGCUCACACAUAUGAUGGCCAAGGUGACUGGAAAGCGAGCCAGCGAGUUUGUGCACACACUUGGUGACACACACAUCUAUCUCAACCAUGUUGAUGCCCUCAAGAAACAGCUUGAACGAGAACCACGACCUUUCCCAAAACUUCUGAUCAAGCGUGACAUAACCGACAUCUUUGACUUCAAGUCUUCAGAUUUCGAGCUUUGCGACUACAACCCCCAUCCAGCAAUCAAGAUGGAAAUGUCAGUGUAGAGUUUGCUGUGCCGGUUAUAAUUUUUGGACUUAUAAGGCUUUUGUUUUCUUUUUCGUUCUUGUCUCUGAGAAAAAUGUUAGCUUUUAUUUAAGCUUUGUCAACGUUGUUGUGAUAUUCAGUCACCGUUUGUGACCACAGUUUACAACUUCCAUGGUGUACAUACGCACUUCUAUGUGUCCCAUGUCUCGAUGAAUAGCUGUACUUCAAGAUGGCAUGUUUGGUGGCCAUUUUGUUUUAGUGUUAUUGGGGCAUUGUGACUUGUGCAUUUAUUUUUUGAAGAACAAUGGCAGUACAUCUAAAAUGGGGAAGUACAAACAGUGGACCUUAAUUUCACUGUUUCUUUUUUGUGCGAUGUCUAUAAGCUCCUCCGUGUAUUUCUUUGAUUGCCUGUGUAUGGGUUUGGCUUUCUUAAAACGCCUAAAUUUUAAUUUUCACUGUUAUAAUUAUGGAGCACUACAGUUGUCAUGACUACUAAAUCAGAGGAGGUCAGUUUCACCAUUCUGUUAACCUUAUGUUUUAAUACCACCUUGUACUUUUUGCUUGCCAUAUGUUCAUACUACGCUCGACUUCCAUUCACUCUUCGGGACCUUUGGAAUUGAUUGAAUUAUUCUUCGGGUCAAAUUAAGAGGCAGAAAAAAGUCAACAAACAAGAUCUCAAUUUCAUAUCCGAUUGUGAUUUGCAGGCUACUUUCACACCUAUUUUCUAGGAAAAAACCUGCAUGUUACAAUUGAGUAAAUACAGCAAUUAUCUAUUGGGAGCUGCCAUUCUCACCUAAAACUCUGCCAAGGACAGGCUGGAAGUGCAUCUUUUGGUAGGAGAUAGUGUGUCAACACAUUCGCUGUUUCCUAUCGCCUUCAAAGCUGAUGCUAUUAGGGUCAGGUGCAUGUAUGCUGACAGUAAAGUUCAAAUUACCUGGUGAGGGUCAAAGCAGCAAGUAUUGCCCAGCCGGGACCUUUGGUCGGGAAAGAACUUAAGACCAACCACAAUGAGAUUUGACUUAGGCUAAAUUGGUUAAAACUUAGUAGUAUGUAGUACUAUUGAAACAACUGGCAAAACUGCAGUGCUGGUAGUUGUCUUUCUUAUUAACAGCCCUAAAUAGCACUCAUUUUCAGCGUGUGGUAAUGGCAGAGCUUUUUGACAGUUUUGGUAUUGGAUACGCCUGUUUUUGCAAGCUUCCACUUCUACUUCAAAUGUAGAGCUUUGCAUGAGGGCUGCUCCAUAUCCAUUCUAAAGCGCUUCAUUUUACACCAUGCAAAAUUUCAUUGCAGUUGCCCUUUCACCGAAAACUUUAACUGCAGUCGAAUUAGCAGAAGUCUGUUUUGCUUUUGUGCAUUACAUUCAUUUACAUAUACUUGCAUUUAUUUUUACUGAAUGAAUCACAUAACUGUUUAUUCCAGUCUGUCGUGAUUUAUCACAUGGCUGCCAUGUAUAUAAAGUCAACAUCCGAUUUUUCAGACUCUAGGGGCCGCAAAAACGUCUGAAAAAAUGAAUGCAUGCAUUUUACUACCCCCAAGUGCUCAAAUUGCCACAGGCACGUCCGAAAUAGCUCUGAAGGCCUGCCAGUACACUUAUUAGGUGUGUCGGUGCUCGUACUGCGACAGGUGGUGGUGGGUGCAAGCGUGUGUAAUUAAGGAAUACAUGCUGUGUCCUGUGACAAUUUCCUCUUCCCACUCAUGGUAUGCUUCACCGUGUAACACUGUUGUAUUGAAGCAAAGCUUACUUUCGGGAGCCGGCAUUAUGCAAUGCGUUGUGCUUUGCGAGCGAGCUUCGAAACCACUGGCAAGAAUUGCAAAGGCAGAAUCAGCGCCAUUGUUGACAUCGGCGAAUUAUUUCUAUGGAAAACACAGCGCCAAACAGCAAGAUGCUUUGUAGCAAACGUCGAAGCAGCUAGGCCUAGCGUUGCCGCGGUGGUGGCUACGGCCGCCAGUGAAUCUGCGUGAGAGCGCCUGUUCGAGGCGGUGAGAUAACGCCGUUUCGGACCUGCGGUCAUGGCAGAAAGUCCGGAAAAUCAAACAUCAAAGGGUUUUCGCAUCCGAAAUACGUUCUUAUACAUUGACUCUGGGUGCCGCGAAGGCGUCCGAAAAAUUGGUCGACUGUAUUUGCUCAGCAAGCUAUUUGAGUGAGAUGGUUGUACCACUUGUAAGUAUGCUGGCAACAGCAUGCACCCAUUCUGUUCCAUGUUGAAACCAAAGAAAAAUAAAGCAAUUCGAGUUUAAAACUUGUAUUUGUAAGUGACUCAAUGUACAAGUGUUGAAUAUCUGCCUUGUCAAUCUCUUAAUGCAGCUGAAAUUUAUAGCGCAGCAACACAGAACAUCCUGGUGAACACACACACAUGCGCCAGCUUGUGCCAUUACCUGCUAGAGGAAUGGACAUCAUUGCUGCAUGUCAUUUGGGCUAUGUAUUAAAGUUCACUUGCUUGUUGAAAGCAGCACCUAUUAAUAAAGAAUUCAGCUGUCAUAAAACAUAGGUACAUCUAACAUGGUCCAUAGACCUCUUUGGUUGUUCCAUAAGCAGCACUAUGCUUGAGACCCCAGUAAACUUUCAAAGCAUUCUGCACUUUGGAGGAGAAAACGUCCUCAAAACUUGCCAGGCUGUCUUGUGUUCUGU